UUGGUGACUUUUGGGGACGUAGCUGUGGAUUUCUCUCAGGAGGAGUGGGAGUGGCUGAACCCUGCUCAGAGGGAUUUGUACAGGAAGGUGAUGUUGGAGAACUAUAGGAGCCUGGUGUCACUGGGAGCUUCUGUUUCUAAACCAGAUGUGAUCGCAUUGUUGGAACAAGGAAAAGAGCCCUGGAUGGUGAAGAAGAAGAGGACAAGAGGCACGUGCUCUGGUUGGGAAUAUAUAUUUGGAAACAGUGAAUUUUCAUCAAAGCAAACUCUAUAUGAAGAAGGAUCCAAAGUGAUAAAAGUAGGUCCGAGUCCUCUCAGUUACGGCCUUGACUGCUCCAGUCUGAGAGAGGACUGUUACAAUAAGGGCUGUUUGAAGAGCCAUUUGGGAAGUCAAGAGGCACAUUCAAGUCAAUUGAUGAUGACGCAUCAGGAAGUCCUUACUGAAGAACCAGGAAGUAAAUGCAGUAAAUCUUGGCAAGCUUUCCAUCCGGAUGCAAUUCUUGACACACAACAGAACAUUCCCACCAAAGAAAGAGCACAUAAACAUGAGCCACAAAAGAAAAACUAUCGGAAAAAAUCUGUUGAAAUGCAACCUAAGAAAGUCUGUAUAGAAAAGAAACUUUUGAAAUGUAAUGAAUGUGAGAAAGUCUUCAACCAGAGUUCAUCCCUUACUCUCCAUCAACGAAUUCACACUGGAGAGAAACCGUAUGCAUGUGUUGAAUGUGGGAAAACCUUCAGCCAGAGUGCCAACCUAACUCAACAUAAGAGAAUACAUACUGGGGAGAAGCCCUAUGAAUGUAAGGACUGUAGGAAAACCUUCAGCCAGAAUGCACACCUUGCUCAACAUCAGAGAGUCCACACUGGAGAGAAACCUUAUAAGUGUGAAGAAUGUAAAAAAUCCUUCAGCCAGAUCGCACACCUUGCCCAGCAUCAGAGAGUCCACACUGGAGAGAGACCUUUUGAAUGCACUGACUGUGGCAAGGCCUUUAGCAAUGGCUCAUUUCUUGCACAGCAUCAGCGAAUUCACACAGGAGAGAAGCCUUAUGUGUGUCACGUGUGUGGGAAAGCCUUCAGCCAUCGUGGGUACUUAGUUGUACAUCAGAGAAUUCACACUGGAGAGAGACCCUAUGAGUGUAAGGAAUGCAGGAAAGCCUUCAGCCAAUACGCACACCUUGCCCAGCAUCAGAGAGUCCAUACUGGAGAGAAACCCUAUGAGUGUCAAGUUUGUAGGAAAGCCUUCAGCCAGGUUGCAUACCUUGAUCAACAUCAGAGGGUCCAUACUGGAGAGAAACCUUAUGAGUGUGUUGAAUGUGGGAAGGCCUUUAGCAACAGUUCAUCUCUUGCACAACAUCAGAGAAGUCACACGGGAGAAAAGCCCUACAAAUGCAAAGAAUGUAGGAAAACGUUUAGCCAAAAUGCAGGCCUUGCUCAACAUCAGAGAAUUCACACUGGAGAGAAACCUUACGAUUGUAAUAUUUGUGGAAAAGCCUUUAGCUAUAGUGGGUCUCUUACUUUACACCAGAGAAUUCAUACUGGAGAGAGACCCUAUGAAUGUAAGGAUUGCAGGAAAUCUUUCAGACAGAGAGCACACCUCGCUCAUCAUGAGAGAAUUCAUACUAUGGAGUCAUUCUUGACCCUUUCCUCUCCCUCACCUUCCACAUUCAAUCAGUUUCCAAGACCUGUAGCUUAUAUCACCUAA